ACAAGACAAUUUGAAGACUGUUUUGAAAGGUUAAAAUGGACGUCCCAUCUUUCUUUGAAGUCGAACUGGACGAAGAGGAAGCUAAGAGGAGUAUAUUAGUCACGGACGUGCCUGAAAAUGUUUCUCCUAAAGAUGUUGUUAUUCACUUUCAAAAGGGAAUUAAUGGCGGAGGCGAAGUUGUGAACUUUGAUAAUCUUGACAAUGAACACCGUUCGUCUGUCGUUAUAACAUUUGAAGAUCCUUCAGUUGUGGAAAGCGCCAUUGAGCUUCAACAUAUCAUUAAGGGAAAAGAAGUCAUCGUACAGCGAUACCCUGUUGAAACAAGGAUACCAGAGAUCUUUUCUCUCGUAGAUGUAAGAAUCAAUCUUAAAGUCUUUGAUGGCUCCAUUUUCGUAUUAAAAGAAGUGCUCACCUAUCUAGAAAGUGAACUUGGAAUUGAAUAUUACGAGAAUAGAUAUGGAUAUUCAAUCCGUGGAUCAUACAAGCAAAUUAAAUCAUGUCGUAAAUAUAUCCAGGAUAAUAUUCGUAUUGGCAUGAUCUCACAACAGAUGCCAAGAGGAUGUGCUAUCUAUGGCGAAGCUGAAGAGGCUGCGUCACCUGAAGAAAGGGGUGCCACUUCAAGAUCUACUGAAACAAAUGAUUACAAAAAAAUAGAUGCUAUGUUUUUCCAGUCUGUUCCUAUAAUCUUGCAAUUUAUCUUUACUGUCUCAAAGUAUGCAAGGAGAAUCCAAGAUAUUGAGUCAGAAUUCAAUGUCAAAAUUGGUGCWGUUGAUGGUGGGUCAAAAGUGUYAAUCAKMCCAUUGCCAGGAUGCACGCAGACAAAACAUCAUGAUGCCUGUGAGGAAUACAUUGAACUAUACAAAGAGGUCURUGACAGUCCCAAAAUGUCUAAGAAUCUCCUUCUCAGACCAGGCAUCGGUUCAGACUUCUCGGUUAAAGAGGUAGUAAUGAAAGUAUUGCGAAUGGAACCAGUUGCCUUUCAGGAGAUGGAGGAACAAGAUGAAUGGCUGAUUUACGGGGAAGAGACGAAUGUAAGGUCUGCAAUCAACGCAGUAUGCAACAUGUUGAAGAUUGAUAAUCCGCUUCGAAAAACUCGUAAAGCAAGAGUACGACAAGUUACAGAGAACGAUGCUGGUACAGCUCAUAGCCUCCCGAAGCAAUCGGGGAAUGACAAGGCAGAGGAACAUGCAGUGCAGAAACAUCCCAAUAACGUAAGAAGUCAUAUUCAUAAAGACUUCCCAGAACAGCCUUGUGUGGUUCAAACAAAGAAGGGAUUCCGGUGGACGGUUUACCAGGGAGACAUAGUUGAAGAGCGAGUUGACGUCAUUGUCAGCAUCACUGACGAUUCUCUUGGAUUUUUUGCGGGAUUAUCUAAAGCAAUUGUUGAUAAAGGAGGACGCACAAUCGAAAAGGAAAUUGUAGCCGAAAGUAAACGGAAAAAGAUAAAGCCAGGCAACAUAAUCGUGACAGGACCAGGAAAUCUGCAUUGCUUGAAAAUUCUCCAUUUGAUCACUAACAGACAAAACAAAAGAACCAAAGAAAAGUGCAAGUCGAUUGCCAACGCAGGGUGUUUGGAUUGCCUGAAACUCGCACAAAAACAGAAACUAACUUCCAUUGCUUUUCCAGCUUUGGGAACAGGGYYACAAGRWAUAACCCUAGACACCUGUGCAACAGCUAUGCUCAAUGCUGUUGAGGARUACAUGAAAKRYAAUGAUCCSAAARYMGRYGCCGUUGCCGAUAUACGAUUUGUCCAUUUGGAUGCCCGUGCAGCUGAGGAAUUCAAAACUGAAGUCACAAAAAGAUACGGGGAUUCCAUCGUGAAACCGUCUGGAGAAAAAGGCUACGGUAGACACACCGAUUAUGAGACUUUAUCUCCCCCUUCACCAGAUUAUAAAGUUGUAUCAUCAGUUGAAACCGAAAGAAAGGCUCAUCAAGCAACAAACCAGGGAAAAGAUGAAUUGCAAAGGACCUUAGACACCGAAAGACAAGCGCAUCAAGCAACCAACCAGAGAAAAGAUGNAUUGCAAAGGACCUUAGAAAGCGAAAGACAGGCUCAUCGAGCAACAAGCCAGAGAAAAGAAGCGCUUGAAGUAUCUUUAGAAGAAGAAAGGCAAAGAAUCGAUGAACUCCUUGCAACACAAGCCACAUUGCAACGAUCUGUCGAGGACUACCGAGCUUCGACGAAAUCUUGCGAUUGGGUUYUUGUCCGCGAUGAAAUAAUGAUGACCAAAAACCUCAUUGGGAAAGGAGCAUGGGGUAGCGUAACAGAGGGAACAUUCCGUGGAUGUGAAGUUGCAGUGAAACAAAUUCAUCAGCUUAUUCUCUCAGAUCACAACAGAAGACUUUUCGAGCGUGAAAUAGGUAUAGCUUCAAGAUGUCGUCAUCCUUGUCUUCUUCAGUUUAUUGGAGCAACCAACGAUAAUCAAAGUCCUCUUUUUGUUACGGAACUUUUGGAUUCUAGCCUAAGAGCACUUUUGCAYGAACGUGCAUUGAAUCCUACUGAGAUCAUUACCAUUGCUCUAGAUGUUGCCAAAGGGUUAAACUACUUACAUCUCAUUAGACCCACACCUAUCAUCCAUCGAGACAUCAGCAGUGCAAACGUGUUACUUUGGAAACACAAUACUUACUGGCGAGCAAAAGUAUCAGAUUUUGGUACUGCUAACUUCUUACAUCAGUCUAUGACUGUUGGUCCUGGAGCUCCGGUGUACUCAGCACCCGAAUCAUUUACGUCAACACAAACACCCAAGGUUGAUGUUUACAGCUUCGGGGUUCUGCUUUGCGAGAUGUUUGUUCGGGAUUUCCCUGAUGUAGCUCGAAGAAACGAACAAAUUGCUAUGGUUUCCAAUGAAUUAUUCAGAAGGCUCAUAAGAAAAUGUUUGCAACAAGAUCCUAAUAGUCGUCCUUCGAUGGCAGAAAUACUGGAAGAACUGAAAAGCUAUCAAAACUAACGUCGAUAAAAACAUGAAGGUUCGUCGAUCUAAACUCUUUAAUAAUUUCAUCGCAAUACUUAGCUGCAAAYUUUUAUUUUAAGAAUAUCUUAAAGCUUAAAACAGUUUUAUUGAUGAAUCUUAUAAUCUUACAAUAUCUUACAGUAUUAAGCAGUGUUUAGCAGUUGGAGAUUGAGGCAUGUAGUCGGGACAUCCUGUAGACAGUCCYUUAAGAAAAGGGGAUACCGGCAUUUGGCAGCCUAACUUAUGAUGUGUGUAAAACUAUGUAUCUUACCCGGCUUAUCUAUUGAGAAGAUACUUCUAAACGAUAGACUAGACAUAUAUCAUAUCAAACAAUCAGGGCUCAGCUGAUGUCUCCUUCUUGUUAAAAAAAGGACUAGGAAGAGCUUAGCAAACUUAGAAAAUACAAAUAGGAAGCUUGAGACAGAAGAGAAAGCGCUCACGCAGAAGCUAGAAAAAUCAAAACAAAAGUUUACAAAUCGAGCUCAGCAGAGAAAGAUCUGAAGCCAUUUUAUUCAUCAAAGAAAAACUAUCAAUCCAAAUAUGGAAUUCCUUAUUCCAUAUAUGUAGUACGCUCGCUCCGAGCUCCACCUUCGGCACUAAUCUAUUACGGAAAACUUGAUAUGUGUAUCCACACUUGCCUUGUUUGUUUAAUUAUUAUUAAAUCAAGUAAUUGUU